AUGUUUCUUGUCGGCGGUCGUAACACAGGCAUCUUCGUUGGAGUAACGGUGACCGUGAUCCUCGCUAGCAUCUUUGUCGCCUUGCGGCUGGUCAACCGUUUCGCCAUAUCUAAACACAGUGGAUGGGAUGAUUACAGCAUCAUAGUAGCAUGGAUCCUUGCCUUUGGCUUGUCCUUUACGGUCGAUUUCGCCGUCUCCAAGGGCCUAGGGCUUCACAAGGACCGCAUCCCUGCCACCGGGAUUCACCAACUCUUAGUGGCGAGAUAUGUGGCCAUCGUUCUUUUCAACCCAGCCCUGAUGAUGACCAAGGUCUCGAUCCUCCUGUUGUACCUGACUAUUGCCCGACGACCACAUAAUUUUCUACGCAUUGGCUCCUACAUUACCCUCGCCGUCGUCGUUGUCGGUGGCCUGGUCCUCACCUUCAUCACCGCUUUUCAGUGUCGCCCUGUGCAAGCCGUCUACGACAUUAAUAUCAAGAACCCCAGCUGCAUCCCCAUCGAGGAUAUCUAUCUAGCUUCCGUCCCCGUUAGCCUCGCCACGGACCUUGCCAUCCUUGUCCUCCCCCUCCCGCUGCUGGCGAGCCUGGCUCUUCGGCGGUGGGAGAAGACGAUCUUGCUCCUGACGUUCGUGCUGGGUGUUGUCUUUAUCAUCGUGGUCGAUGUCACACGUAUCUACUACCUACAGCUGGCCGCAGCCAGUCUGAGGGAGCUGGCCAACGCGAAAGUCCCCGUUAGCCUCGACUUCCUUUACAAUGCGGGUCUGGUGCUCCUGUGGUCGGCUGUGGAGGUGAAUGUGGCGAUUGUCGGUGCCUGCAUCCCAACCCUGCGGCCGUUGGUUAAGCUCUUGAUCGCAAAGAUGAAGAUGGUCUUGAGUUAUUCUCACGGGAGCAGCGAGGGCGAGCUGAUACGGUCCCCUUCAUCGCCCAGUACUCUGGACGGGUUUGGUCCGCCCAGUCUCAAUGAGCGUCUUCGUCAUUCGAUGAGAUCGGAGGCACCUCUGGUCGACAACCAACAGCAGCAUCACCCGUACCAGAUGAGUAUGAGAUCCUCCCACACCCUUUCAGACCCGGAGGCAGCGCGACGGCCCUCCCGACGCACGGAAACAUCUGCUCGUUGGAGAUUUUCCCACACGGAACCGCCCAAGUGCAUGCUCGACAUGGAGGGCACAGAAUCUGUCAAGUACUGCGCCAUCGUCACCCUCAUCCUCUUCGUGGAGGGAUUCAUUGUGACCAUGCUGUUUUCCGUCAAUGGGAAGAUGGUCGUAGUGACAAGUCAACAGCAAGGCAUCGGUAUCUCCUCUGCCACGUACGGCGGUGGCGCUAUUGGCUGCUUCCUUGCGUAUGGGCUCCUGCGUCGCCUGGGAUUUCGACCCACAUUUGUGACCGGGUUUGCGAUCAUCAGCGUGGGAACCCUGGUAUUCUGGCCAUCCGGAGCCCUAAGUUCCUAUACCGGGUUCAUUGUCUCGAACGUGCUUGUUGGGAUGGGGAUCCCCCUUCUGGAGCUGACUGGGAUUGCAUUUAUUGUCCUCUGCGGACCACCGAAAUAUGUGGAAAUCCGCCUUCUCUUCGCGCUAAGCAUCAGUUAUAUUGGCUCAACCGUGAGCCUUGUGCUCGCGCAGAAGGUCUUCUUUAAAAACGUGGCUGACGCCCAUAGUUUGAUUGUUAUCCAGUGGGCCUACCUGACGAUUGCCCUCAUUACUACCCUGUUAUCCCUCCUCGUCUACUAUACACCCCUUCCGGAGGCCACUGCAUCAGAAUUACGAAGCCGAGAAAGGAGGCUGUGGAUCGACCCUUCACAGAAAUUGUACGGUCGAGUUCCGGUCCUUCACUCCACACUCGCUCUCGCAGUGCUCUCGAGCUUCUGUUCUGCUGGUGCAUUAACAUGCCUCCGUACCUUCGUCGGCACUCUCCUUAAAAGCAUCUCGACCGGUUCCGGCGCCGGUACUUCGACAAACCUCGGCCCCUUGGAUCUGAACAUUGUGUUAACUGCUAUCUACGCCGGUGCUCAUAUGAUCGCUGCCUUCUUGGCCUGUCUUAUCCCCCCGCGCAUCCUCCUGCUCUGGGCGUAUGCCUGUGGUAUCGUAUUCUCCACGCUCAUCAUGCAACUCUAUUUCUCCUCCGCCGAAACAACGGAAUAUCUGGUCAUCUUCUUCGCCAUCGUCCUCGGCCCGAUCCCUAGCUUAUGUCUGGCCGUUGCAUUGCCCGGCAUGGGCGCACACACCAAGAUUGCGACCACUCUCAUGGAAUGCUCUGCCAACUUGGCCGCCUGCGUCACUGUCUGGAUCAUGUUUGCGGUGACCCAUGCACCCAGCCAUUCGGUGCAAUACUCGUUCUGUGUGCUCGUGGCCUUGUAUGCUGCCGGGGCCGUUUUCCCACUCUACGUCACUCUGGUGCCCUCCUCGCUACCCUACAAUCGACCCCCAGCCUUGCGGGCGGUUUGGAAGCGAUUCAGGCGGCAAUGA